AUGUCGUCGACGGGAGCUCCCAAUGGCUCCCACGAGGACGUCGCGCAAGCUGCUGCCUCGCCGCGGCCGUCAUCAGCUGCACCGACGGCGCCCCCAUCGCAGCCCCCUCCCCCGACAGCGACGACCUCGUCCAUAACCGACUCGGCAGCGACCUCGACCCCCGAGCUCGACGUUUCAAAGCUCCAGGCCCUCCCCGCCGAGCAGCAGGAGCUGUUCCUGCUUACCUUUAUCUCGACCCUUUCGAAGCACGUCCUGAGCCUCUCCGCCGACGACUGCACCGCCCAGCAGUUCUACCUCAAAAAGGAGAUUUUGCAAAUCGUCAACCUACCCUCGCCCCAGCCGAGCCGCGUCGUCAGAAACAAUCUCGGCAAGUGUCUUGCCCACAUCUUUGGGCAUGGCGACCGGAAGCUUCUCUUCGAGACCAUCAACGACUUGAUCGCCAUCAUCACCGGAGCCAGAUCCAAGACGGAUGCGGGCCCGCGCACGAAGCACGCCGCCGUCGCGUGUCUGGGCGACGUGUACGCAUCCGCCGGCGACAGCGCCAUUGGCUUGCACCCACUUGCGUGCGCGACGCUCAUCAAGCUCUUGAAGUCGUCCUCCAGCAACGCAGGCCUGCGCGCCGCCGUGUUCACGUCGCUGGGCAAGAUUGUCAAGAUGGUCGAAGGCAGCAUGGACGAAAAUGUUGCCAGGGACAUCUUCAAGCAGUCGCGCAGCUACGGCACCAGCGACAAGGGCUCGCUGGUCAUCGUCUCCGCUUGUCGGGCCCUGAGGGCCCUCGUGCGACACACGCCAUACUUUGAGAACUCGAACGACUUUGAGAAGCUGCAGACCGCCAUCUUCAAGAUCUUCGACUCUUCGUCGUCGCAGGUCAGACAUGCCGCCGCGGAGGCGCUGGCUGAGGCCAUGGUCAGGGGGCACUCCGAGACCGGCGUCGCGGAGGCAGCCCCGCUGACGAAGGCUCAGAAGAGGAUGAGCAAGAAGCCGAUCAAGCGCACUGGCACGGCCGCCAGCAUAGUUGCUGACGAGGACGACCUGCCCACGUCGAGACCGGGCAGCCCUGCCCCCGGCGGGAAGAGGGCGCAGGAUCUGGCGCUGUCGCUGACUGAGAUUCUGAGGAUCCUUUCGACCCAGUACACCAAGAUGCCGACGUCGAACAAAGCCAGGGCGGCCAUCGGCGUCUGCUACGGCAAAGUACUGAGAAGGCUUGGUGAGAGGACGGUGGAGACAAACUACCUCAAGAUCCUCGAGAAUCUGACCGUCGACCUGAUCGGACAGCCCAAUAUCCUCAACAACCGUUAUCGUCUCCUGAUCUCGAGGCGCAUCGUUGACACCAUUCUCCAGGACGUCAUUGGACAGAAGAUUCUAGGCGAGUCUGGACAGACGACGGCGGCCAAGCUCAUCAUCAACGACAUUCUCAAGAACUAUCCGCAAGCCCUGGUCGAGCGCUCAGAACCGACGAAGCACACCUUGAUCGCAGCCCUCGGCGCGAUAGCUUCGCUCAUCAACUGCUUGGGGUCUGCGGCGAACAACUUUGCGGAACCAUGCAGAGACGGUCUGUUGGGAGUCCUUCAGCACCCCAGCUACUCGGUGCAGGUCCAUGCCUCCGCAUGCAUGAAGGCUUUCGUCCUCGCCUGCCCCCAGCAGCUCCUGCCUUGCUUGUCAGUGUGCAUGAACAGCCUCAGCAGAGAACUGGGGCUUCUCACUAGUGGACGAAACUCUCCCAGGCGAUGCGUCGGAUUUGCUCAUGGUUUGGCAGCAACGUUGAGCGCAAGCCCCGCGCGGCCCCUCCACGGAUCCGUUGAUAUCAACAGCCGUGUCCUGACGAUGGCGACCAACCUGCUCAAGUCGAGCGGACAAUCCGAGCUGAGAGUCUCUAGCACUCAGAUUCAGGUAGCAUGGAUCUUGAUUGGUGGUUUGAUGUCUCUGGGCCCAAACUUUGUGAAGAUUCACCUCUCCCAGCUGCUGUUACUCUGGAAGAAUGCGCUGCCCAAGCCGUUGUCCAAAGACAAUACCGCUCACCGCAGUCUGCUCGAGGCGUCUUUCCUGACUCACGUUCGAGAGUGUGCGCUGGGCUCGAUAUUGUCGUUCCUGCAAUUCAACACCAGGCUGCUGACGGUUGACGUUUCCAAGCGUAUAGCCACAAUGCUGCAGAAUACCUCUGCGUUCCUGAGAACUCUUCCUUCCAAGAAGAUCACCGAUGAUGUGUCGCAGAGACUGACGCCGGCGCUCCAGCUGCACGACUUGGACAUGAUGGUCCAACGCCGCGUGCUGCAGUGCUACAUCAAGCUCGUGAACCUCAGCCCCGCCGGUGGCAGCGAGGCGCUCCUCCAGUCGAACCUGCUCACCAUUGCAAUUUCUCUCUUCGCAGACCCAGAGAACUACUCUGCCAACUCUCUCAGCGCGUCCAUAGCGAAUGCAGCAGCCACGUUCGAGACCGUCUGGGACGUGGGCGACAAUUCCGGCUUUGGCAUCACCGGCCUCAUUUCCGGAUUCAAGAUCAAGGGUCUGCCGGGUCAACAGGACAACUCCAUAGAAGGCACGCCCUUCGAAGAAAACAGCCCCGAAGAAUCUAUAGACCGAUUGCUACUAUCGCCAGUUUGCGGCACCCUAGAACACGACGCCUCCCUGCUAUACGUCGGUGAUGCCACAGAGCUCACCAUUCCCGACCCCCCGGCCACCGAGGUCAUCAACAUGGCCAUCCAGCUGUUUGCUUUCGUGUUUCCGCUGACACCGCCCAAGGUACAGGAGAGCGUGCUGGAGCAGGUCAAGACAUUCAUGUCCGCCGGCACAUUGCUGAGAGACCCUGGCAGAAAGGCCGCCAUCAACGUGAACGUGUCCGUUGCCGUCCUGUCCACUUUGCGGGUGGCCGUCAAGGAGACGCAGUCGUCCCCGGGCAACGUCACCAACCUCGCCGUGGAGAGACUCAUCCAGGAUAUGCUCCGUGAUUUUGUCAUCGACGGAGACCAGUACGUCCGAAGCGUUGGAUACGCCGCGGUCGCGAGACUUUGCAACGCUUGUGGCAACGCCUUCACCAACCACGAAAUCAAGUACCUUGUCGACACCAUUGUCAGCAACCGUGAGCCUAGCGCGCGCGCUGGUUGUGCAAUGGCUCUUGGGUCGAUCCAGACCAAGGUCGGCGGUAUGGCGGCAGGGUAUCACUUGAAGACCAUUCUUGGUAUCUUGAUGUCUCUCUGCAACGAUCCUCAUCCUACCGUGCACUUCUGGGCCUUGGAAGCAUUGGCGUUGGCUUCAGACGCCGCUGGCCUGAGUUUUGCUGGGUACGUGCCGAGCACGCUCGGCAUGCUGGCCCAAUUGUACGUCUCCGACACGCACAACCCCGAGAUCUCCUCUGCCAUCACCAUGAACCUGGAAAUGGAGCUCUCGACCACUGCUGCCAUCACGCGCUGCGUCGACUCUCUCAUCAAUGUGUUGGGUCCUGACCUGCAAGACUCCACCAAGUCGCGCGAGCUUAUCCUCAACCUCGUCGGCCAGCUUCAAGAAGAAGACGAUUUGCUUGUUCAGAGGGCGACAUUGAGCUGUCUCGAGCAUUUGUCGCUCUAUGCUCCGGGGUACAUGAACUUUGAGGAAUACGUCAAGGUUCUCCAGAAGUACCUCCAAUCAGAAUACCCCAUACUGCGGGACGUUGCUGUUGAUGGCCUAUACAACAUCAUGAAGAGAAAUCCAAGUGAUGUCAUUGGUGCUGCAGAGAAGGGAUUCGAGGACCACUUGUGGCUGGUCCUCGACGACGCGCCGACACACGACGGCAUUCGCAACAUCCUCAGGAACUGGAUGCGGCAGACGUGCCUCACGGACACUGCCCUCUGGCUCACGAGAUUCCAGGGCGUCCUCAAGAUGACAAGAGCCAAGGCCAAGGAGGAGUCCGUCUCUGGAAACAAGGGCUCGAGCGGCAUGCCAGACUUGCAGGACGAGGAGGUCGCCGGUUUCGCCGGAACGGCCAAGGACGACCAGGACAACAAGGCCGGAUCCGAAGUUGAGCCCCUUCGAUGGCAAGUGACCACUUUCGCAAUCAGCUGCAUCAACGACAUGUUUAUCCUCAUCGCAAAGGAUGUCAUGACCAAUGGCGAGUCUGCCGCCCAGACGUCGCUCCAGAACAAGAUUGCCGAUGUCGUCCGCAUGGCCUUCUCGGCGUCCACGUCUAGCGUGCUGGAGUUGCGAGUCUGGGGUCUCAAGAUCAUCGGCGCGGUCCUCAAGAUGUUUGGCAGGACGCCCGAUCCCGACUUUGAGGAGGCUAUGCUCUUGGAGCAGUACCAGGCCCAGAUCAGCUCGGCGUUGACACCCGCCUUCGCUGCGGACUCGUCUCCCGAGCUUGCAUCUGAAGCCGUCAAUGUCUGUGCUGGCUUCAUCUCUACGGGAAUUGUCACGGACGUGGACAGAAUGGGUCGCAUUCUCAAGACGUUGGUGUCUGCCCUUGAGAAUUUCUCCAAGGAUCACGAGAACGCCGGUAUUGGCGACCUCAAGGGCCUCAGCUCCAACGCUCAAGUCAUGGUCAAGAUGGCCGUCUUCUCGGCCUGGGCAGAGCUGCAAGUUGCCAGUUCUGAACAGAAAUACCUUCUCGACGUCCUCAAACCGCACAUCGGAACCCUGACGCCGCUGUGGCUUGAGUCACUCAGAGAGUUUGCCCGCCUGCGCUUCGAGCCCGACAUCUCCAUGACCCUCGGCCCCCCCUCACUCUCUGGCAGUCUCGAUACUAUCUACGCUGCAUUGAACCGCGAGACCCUACUUAAGUUCUACCAAGACUCCUGGCUGAAGCUCGUCGACGCCAUUGCUAGCCUCAUCGAGCAGGACAGCGAGUUCGUAUUCGAUGCGCUGGACGGAAAGGAGUCUGAGGGACUCAACACCAAUGGCAACACCAAGGGCUCAGACAUCAACUAUCGUGACGAGCCCGUUGCAUUCUUCUUCGUCUUGUUCGGCAUCGCCUUUGAGGCUCUGGCUACACGCCCUGGACAGAGCGACUCCUUGGCCACCCAGGAGCAGAACCUGGCAAUCCUGCAGGCCCUGAAGAAGAUUCUGCACCCCAGCGUGUCAGGUCACGCCAUCUACCGAGAGGCGAUCUUCUCCGAGACCAUGGAUCUCCUGGACCGACUUGUCCUGACAGAAGGCCUUGACGUCCAAGGCGUGAUUGUGGAGAUUGCGAGAGCCCUCUGCGUCUCCCACCCCUCCGCGCGGAAGAAGGACUCGGGCGACGACGGCGACCUCUCUGACGACAUCGACCAGCUUUUCGAGCUCACGCGCAUCAUCGUCCUCGUCCUCUCCGGCCUGCUGCCCAAUCUCACGGAAGCAAACCAGCCUGUCCGCCACCAGAUGACAGAGGAAGCGGUACUACUGAUCCGCUCGUCUCUCAACGCCCUCGUCGACGCUGCCGAGGUCUUCCCCUCCAUCAUCAAGACGGACCUGCACGCCUGCAUCAUCCAUAUCCUAGCCACCAUCCUGGCGACCCCGGGAUGCCAGGAGGUCAUUGUGCCUCAAUCCCUGCCCACCCUGAAGCGCUUCGUGGUGAGCAUGACCAAGUCGUCCGUUGGCAGGACAAGCGGCAACGGCCCGACGCCAACGGACGUCCAGCUGCAGGGCUGUUUGCGGCGCUUCCUCUCCAUCUACCUCAACGCCCAGAAACGCGAGGCGCCCACAUCGCUCACCUGCGUCAAGAACUGUUUGCUCGCGAGCACGAUUCUCUUUACGGGCGGCACGAAUCACUUGGCGGCAAACGAUCCGCUUGUGGCAAGGUACCUCGACGAGGUCGUCGACUGCCUCACGGACCGCAUGACCGCCAAGAUUGCAGCAAACUGCAUCAGGUCCCUGCUCUUGCAGGCCAACACGACACCGGCAGACCACACCAUCGUCCGUUACCUCCUCCCGCGCCUCGUCGCUUUCGUGACCAACACGGAGCCGGAGGAUCCCGAGAACGCCCGCUCCCUCAUUGCGCACUCGCUCAGCCAGUACGUGGGCAACGUCCCCCGCGACCGCAUCCCUGUCGCCAUGGCCCUUAUCCUCCCCACCUUCCUCGCGCGUGCCUCGUCCGAAGGCGAGGACGCGUACAGAGACACGAGUGCAAGAUUACUGGAGCUGGCGGCCGUGGACCAGAGCGCGUUCCGGACCGUCGUGGCCAGCAUGAACGACGGGCAAAAGGCAUUCCUGGAGGAGGUCAUCCGGUGGGGACGGCAGCAGGGCUCGUCGGAACAGGCCGCGACGAGUGCGACCGGGCAGCCCAGCAUUGCGCUGAAGAUGGACUUUGGUGGCUGA